CCUCUCUCUCUCCACCCCACCUCCUCUUUCUGGCAUCCAUCCCCUCCCCAACACCUCUGCUGCUGCCUCUGGCUGUGGAUCCAUACCUCUUCCUAACCCCACCACGCUUGGGGAGCCGGGGGAGCCUGGGUGAGAGACCUCCCCAACCUGGGGCUCUCCCAAGCGGUGCCCCCUGUGCUCCCAGGGAGGAGCCUCAGACCCUGAGCAUCUGCUAGAGGCUUGGCAGAGGCCCCACAGGGACCGUGUCUUCUGAGGACAAAAGGCGGCGGCCAGCAGGCAGACGGGAGGGGGAGGGUGGCGACCAGGCUGGCAGAAGGGUGCAGGGGCCAGCCCUGGCCCCCCUCCCACCAUAGCUGUGGCAUGAAGAUGGGGGUGGGAGCGUGUAGUAGGGAAAGCACCUGCUGGGGCCCCCACCUGCCAGCUAGUUGGGCACCCCAAAGCUGUGUGCUGCCCACCUGGCGUUCCGUAAUACCCCCAGCCCUGCCCAGCGCACCCCUCCGGUGCCUACUUCCCCUGAUGCCCGCGAUUUAGACCAGUCCGGCUGUAUCCACGGCAACAGAAGCAGGAGUGUCACUGACAGCCAGAUUACUGAGGGUCCCACAAUGUGGCCUGGGCUGUGGUUUAUCCUGGGUGAGGCAGCUUGAGCCCCUUUUCUGGAUUCCAAGACAGCCCAGCUGAGUGAUCCCAGGUAGCACAGACUUUUGCUCCCUCACAAUGGAAGAUAUGCUGUGGUUCCCAGCUGUGGGAGGAAAUCACUGUAGGGUUAAAGGAAGGUACAGCCCAGCAGGACAACUGAUGGAGUCCCUCAGGACCCAUCGAGUACCAGACUGGCUCACCCUGUAGGGUUGGGAGUAGCCCUUGCCCCUCAGUAUGGCCAACACCACCGGAGAGCCAGAGGAGGUGAGCGGCGCAUUGUCCCCACCGUCAGCAUCAGCUUACGUGAAGCUGGUGCUGUUGGGACUGAUCAUGUGUGUGAGCCUGGGGGGCAACGCCAUCUUGUCCCUGCUAGUGCUCAAAGAGCGUGCCCUGCACAAAGCUCCUUACUACUUUUUGCUGGACCUGUGCCUAGCUGAUGGCAUACGCUCUGCCGUCUGCUUCCCCUUUGUGCUGGCUUCUGUGCGCCACGGCUCCUCAUGGACAUUCAGUGCACUCAGCUGUAAGAUUGUGGCCUUUAUGGCCGUGCUCUUUUGCUUCCAUGCAGCCUUCAUGCUGUUCUGCAUCAGCGUCACCCGCUACAUGGCCAUCGCACACCACCGCUUCUACACCAAGCGCAUGACACUCUGGACAUGCGCAGCUGUUAUCUGCAUGGCCUGGACCCUGUCUGUGGCCAUGGCCUUCCCACCUGUGUUUGAUGUGGGCACCUACAAGUUUAUCCGAGAGGAGGACCAGUGCAUCUUUGAGCAUCGAUACUUCAAGGCCAAUGACACUCUGGGCUUCAUGCUUAUGUUGGCUGUGCUCAUGGCAGCCACACAUGCUGUCUAUGGCAAGCUGCUCCUCUUUGAGUACCGUCACCGCAAGAUGAAGCCAGUGCAGAUGGUGCCAGCCAUCAGCCAGAACUGGACAUUCCAUGGUCCUGGGGCCACUGGCCAGGCUGCUGCCAACUGGAUCGCUGGCUUUGGCCGCGGGCCCAUGCCACCAACCCUGCUGGGUAUCCGGCAGAAUGGGCACACGGCCAGCCGGAGGCUGCUGGGCAUGGACGAGGUCAAAGGUGAAAAGCAGCUGGGACGCAUGUUCUACGCGAUCACACUGCUCUUCCUGCUCCUCUGGUCACCCUACAUCGUGGCCUGUUACUGGCGAGUGUUUGUGAAAGCCUGUGCCGUGCCCCACCGCUACCUGGCCACUGCUGUUUGGAUGAGCUUCGCCCAGGCUGCUGUCAACCCAAUCGUCUGCUUUCUAAUCAACAAGGACCUCAAGAAGUGCCUGAGGACUCAUGCCCCCUGCUGGGGCACAGGAGGUGCCCCAGCUCCCAGAGAACCCUAUUGUGUCAUGUGAAGCAGGCAGAUAAGCAGACAUGCAGGGAAAUGGUCAUGACUACAAUGAUGGGGCCAACAGCAAGGGAAUGGUGGGGCCCCAUACAGGAGCCUGCUUUUCUGAGCUCCAGCCUCCGCCUUCAAACCAACUGUAAUCUAGGCACCUUUGCCAACACCUUUCUAGGGUAGGGGACUGGAUAGAAAACUGGGAAAGGGGCAUUUCUAGUUUUGUGGGGCCUGUCUCCGCAGCCUCCUUCUCCGCUUCUCCACUCUCAUAUUCUCACUCACUCCCUUCCCCUCCCCUUUCUCCCGUCCUUCCCCUUCUCUCAAAUGACAAUUCAGAAAAAGAAAACAAAACUCAAAAUGCAGGUUUUUCUACUAACAGCUGAGGAGACAGGCUUUCUUGCUUUAUCUAUCUCUCCUUCUCAGAUUGCCCAGAAGGAGGAAGUUUGUCCUGUAAAAUAGAUUGCCCAGAGCUCUUAUUGCUCCUUCUGCUCCCAGGCAUCUUCCCUUCCCAAGUCUUUUAGCAAGGCCUGGAUGUUUAGGAAUAAAUUGAUCCAAGGCUGAUGACAACAGGGACCAAAGGGAACUGGGUCCACAGGGAGCAAGGAUGUUUAAUCGCUGUGUCGUGUGCAGUGUUGUUUUGGGCUAAGCCUGAUCCCGAGCCCAGUCGUCUCUCCCUCCUCACCAUGUCCAGACCGUCCAAGUGUUUCUUGAGGAUCUGCUUGAGAAGCCCAGAGGGUAGGGAGAAGGGCCCCCAGUAUGGGCCCAGGCUAGGUGAAGAGCAGGAUGUGAGCUGAACUGUUUGAGCUAAAGAGACCAAGCUUGGCUGCAUUCUCUCACACUGCGUCCUUAACCCCCAGCCUCUAUCUCUCCUUGAGGAUGGAAAUCCAUUCCAGUCCUACUAGGGCUGAUAUGGGAGUCCCACAGGCAGGAGAUACCCUGAAAGGAAGUAUAAGGAGGAAUCUGAACUCCCCAGAGCAGCUGAGCCCCAGAGCAUGAGUUCAGAGCUGAAUUCAACCCCAGAAUUGUCUCCUGGGUUUGCACUAAUCUUCUGAAGAUGAAAACUCUUUUAGGGCCUUGACAACUGAUCAUAGUACAAACUGCAGGGCACUAUGGACUUGAGUCCAUUCCUAUCUGACCUCUUUUUUUCCCCCACAAAACUUGGGGGCCUCAAGUCCUUCCAUGGUCACCUGUAGACUCCUGGAUCCUCAAUCCCAAACACCCUUCCUCCAAACUUAUCUACACUCAAAGUUAAUCAGAUUGCAGCCAGAUUCCCCAGGUGAAAGGUCUCAAGCCUCCUUCCAAGGGGGCGGAAUCCACUGUGGUCUUACUUGAAGGCCAGUUCUGUGGAUUGGUGAGCCAAGCUGGCACUCCUUUGCCUAGAUUUGCCCAGGCUCUCUGUCCCCUUCUUGUUUCCUCUGGGGACAGAGACCUAUCUGUACUUAUCUGCACCCCCUUUUUCCCUUCCUUCUAGAAGACCUUGUCCUAAAAUCCUUCCCUACUGCAAGACAGCCCCUGAACUGGGGAAGCCUUGACCCAAAGGGAUUGAGGGCACUCUAGGCAGGAGAGAAUUAAGGAGCCUGGCUGUGGAGUGACCCUGGAAAGGCAGGCCAGAGUGGCUGAGAGGCUGGGGUGGGGGCCCUGUUCUCUCAGUGAUAGUGAUGGGGGUGCCUUUCCAAGGGGGUGGGGUGGGAAGACCAAGGGGUGGGGGGUAAAUAGGGUACACUCAGGAGGGUUUUCCUCCAUUUCUUUUUUCUAACUGCCUGGAAUCAUCAAUGGAUUUUGUAAAUGGAAAAACUAAA